AUGGAUGCUCCUAUGGAGGCACCAGGUCGCAGCCAGCGCAAAUUGGUGCUCUGCUUUGACGGAACUGGGAAUAAAUUCCAUGGAGAUGACAGCGACAGCAACAUCUUAAAGAUUUUUCGAAUGCUAGAUCGAAGCUCGGAGAAUCAGUAUCACUAUUAUCAGCCUGGCAUCGGAACAUAUGUCACCUCUGAGUCGCUGACCCAGUCGGGAAUAGUAUCCAAGAUAACCGAGCAGUACAAAAAGGCAAAGGACUCUGCCAUCGGGUCGACCUUUGAUCAACAUGUCGUGUCUGGAUACCGGUUUUUGAUGCGCUACUACAGAAAUGGCGAUCAAAUUUUCAUGUUUGGGUUCAGUCGGGGCGCCUACAUCGCUCGAUUUUUGGCAGAAAUGCUUGAUUAUAUCGGUCUCUUGUCCCACGGAAAUGAGGAAAUGAUCAAGUUUGCAUGGAGGGCAUUCUCACAGUGGCAAUGCCGUCGCAAGUCACGCAGCGACGACAAUGAGGACGACGACGGGUCUGAGAAGAGCGAAGUAGACGACAAAACCGACAAAAUGUACACCUUCAUGAAAGACUUUCGCGAAACCUUCUCCCGUCCGGUAGGUCGCAUUCGUUUUCUAGGACUGUUUGAUACGGUUAAUUCCGUGUCCCGGUUCGAGAGCGCCUGGAUGCAGCGGGCAAAGUUUCCGUACACCGCGCGGACCAGCGCCGAGGUCAUCCGCCACGCCGUCAGCAUCGACGAGCGACGAGCCAAGUUUCGCCAGGACCUCCUGUACCAAAAGACUCUCCAGAACAAGCGCCCGCGCCAUCGUCGUCUGAGCGAGUUUCUAGAGCCGGUGCGAAGGAGCUUUGAGUACUACGUCAGUAGUGGCGCGUCGGCCCCAGCCGACGAUGCUGCUGCCAGUCAUGAAAACAUUGCGGCGCAAAAUGAUAAUUCCUUACCCGAGCGUACUGGCAGAAGCCUUUUAUCGCCUACCGAUGCAGCCCCAUCGAUCCCAAGGCGUAGCAGGUCGCGAAGCCGCCACGUGCCUUACCGACUUCCCCCUCGAACGCACUCCUUCAAGUCCUGGCACCGCAAUGGGCAAAGGCAUACAUCGCAUGACAACGAUCAGCGGAAACCAGACUACGAAGAAGAAGUCGGCCAAGAUAUCGACGAGGUCUGGUUUGCUGGGGGCCACGGCGACAUUGGUGGUGGCUGGCCCGUCCCGGACGAUCGCAAGAGCGCAAGCCACGUUCCUCUAUCGUGGAUUGUUCGAGAAGCAAUGAACGCCGGUCUCGAAUUUGACAUGCAAAGAGUCAUGGCAAUGGGCUGCACCGAAGCCCAGAUCGUUGUGACCAUACAAGGACCCGAGAGCACAAAUGCCGACGAGGGUAGUCAAGCACAGGGUAGCGAACCACCCGGGCUGGACGCGCAGUCUUCCUUCAAGUCUCAGUAUUCCUCCGCAUUCACAGAGUCUUUGCAUCAGUCGCACACCUCUCUCCUACAUGACUCUCUUAUCUACGGAGGCGGGCUGGGACACGUGGCCGUGACAGGUUGGAAAGUUAUGGAGUGGCUCCCAUUUCGCCGCAUGGACCUGCAGCGCGAUGGCUCUUGGAAGCCUAUCCGGUGGCCGCUGCCUCGAGGUGAAGUGAGAGACAUCCCUCCUGGCGUACGGGUUCACGGUAGUGUUCUGCGCCGUAUGAACACGGACGAGACGUAUCGCCCUGGUAAUCUCAUUAUUGGUGGAGGUGGGCGCGGCCAGCGUAGAGCGCCCAAGGAGCUCGGCAUUGCAUUGACAUUAGGGCUCAGACACAAAAGGCGCCUGAUCUGCCAGCCCAGCAGUGCAAAUCUCCCACCACAACUUGGUUCCGCCGGACUAGAGGAGAGGUUCGCGCUUUUUGCCGGGAAUAUUUGUGCCAACCAGCCAAAAGUCUUGAUCUCAGAGCUUGAGCGAGCUGCAGAUAGAGAACAUCUUAACGGCCCAUUCGUUUGCCGCUCCGCGAGUUUCUUCCACGGUUCUAUCGCCUUCCUGAUCCAUGCCAUCUAG